UGGCAUUAAGUGGGUGAUAUGGCGAUAUGUUAUCGAAUCUGGCUGGCUGGAGUGUUGCAAAUGGCAUCCACUAGUGUUGGAAAAGGCAGCACACGCUUACGCUAAAGCAAAACAGAAAAUUAUAGCAAAAAAUUAGCUAAUUUGACUGAAUCAGCCAUGAACUCGGCAACAAAGGUUGGGGAGAUUUUCACGGCCGCCGGACAAGCUUUCAGCAGAUUGGGCGACCUCACCAUGCAACUGCAUCCAAAUGCCGAAUCCCCGUCCGGUAAAUGGACGGACGAGGAAAUCGACAUGUUGCACUCGUCGAUUAUGCGCUUCUCGGACGACCUUAGCAAAAUCAGUCUUAGCAUUAAGAACCGUACAGUGUCCCAGAUACGGCAAGCCCUGAAGAAGAAGGCCUUCGAGGACGCCGGCAUACCUGCGAAGCAAGUGCCUGUCCAACAGGUGCAGCACGUCAUUCAAACAGUCCCCCAGCUGCCGGUCAUCCAGCAGCAGCUGCCGACAGCGCCCCAGCAACUCCAGCCCCAGCCUCAAGUAUUUAAGACACAGACUGUACAGCAACUGCCCCUACAGCAGCAACAGCAGCAGCAGCAGCAGCAACACCAUCAACAUCAGCCGCAGAACUCGAAUAUGGUUGCUAACAUUCAGCAUGUGCAACUGGUGACACAGCCCAAGCAGAUCCUCCUACAGCACCAUCAGCAGCAGCUGCCGCAGACAACAACGACGACGGUGACCAUCAAGCAGUUCCAGCAAAUGCAACAGCAGAAGGCGGCUGCACAGGCGGCGGCCGCGGCAGCAGCAGCGGCAGCCAACACGCCGACAAUCACGGAGAAUAUCAUUAUACAGCAGCCCACGUCGACGACGGCAGCGACGGUGCACCAGCAACAGCCCCAGACGCAUUCGCAUCCGAUUCAUUCGGUGGCGACGUCCGCGUCCACGCAGAUAAUCCUGCCGUCGGUCACCACAGUAUUGUCGCCGAGCACGGUGCCGGUGGGCACGGUGGCGAUUGCCGACGAUGUGGUUAGUACAACAUCCACCCCCUCCACAUCGGCGAGCACGGGUCUCAAGUGCGGGCCGGACGUAUCGAUGACACUGAACCGCAUCAAUGUGCAGGAGAACGAGGUCGAUGUCGAGGAAUGCCUGCCAGCGGAGGUGGUCAAGCUGGAUUUUGUCAGUGAAGAGGUUGCAGGGUGAAGGCUCAACCCGCGAACGUUCCCCGAACAAGUUGAGGACUUCUAUUACUAGAUAAGUCACCGAAGCAGCUGGCAGAAUGGAUGGAUACCCGAAUCGCAACAAAUCUAGAUCGAAAGAAACUCUUUAACAAACGGUACGACCUACCGCCCACACCCCUCCUCACCCCCUUAGUGUAAGCCUAAAAUGUUAAGUGUUGUCAUAUUUGAUAUACCUUGAAACCACCAUUUGUUUCCAAACCCUUGAGAAAAUCCUUCAAACUGAAUUGUGUACAGACAGAUUUGACAGCAACAGUGUGUAAGAAAGUUGAGCAGUUGCCGCUGCCAAUUCCCCCAUCUCCUGUUUGGUUUGGGCUUUGAUUUGGACCGAAGCAAGGCGUAGAUAUUAAAUACUGAAACGAGAAAUGCUGCACCUAGAUUUAAACACAAAAUGCAAGACACAAUAGUGCAAAGUACAUAGCGAUUGUAUAAGAGAUGAUGAGUGAAAUAAA